AUGCUUAGACAAAAGCAGUUCGUGAAGAAGACAAAGUCCGGCAAAGUACUUAAGGUCGUCAAGGAACACUACCUGCGCGAUGACAUCUGGUGCUCCGCCGAGGCCUGCAAGGAAUGUGAACAUACUGAGUCGAUCCUCAGUGCAACACCCAGUACCAACAAGCUGUUUCCCCUACCCCACUACAUCAUCCCCGACACUAACAUCUUCAUGAACCAGAUCGAUGUGAUGGAAAAAUCUCAAAUCAACAAUGUCAUUGUUCUGCAGACAGUUCUUGAGGAGGUCAAGCAUCUUUCGUUACCAAUCCACAAGCGGGUUCGCGAUAUGAUCAGCAACAAGGAGAAGCACUUUUAUGUCUUUUCGAAUGAGCAUCACAGAGAGACAUUUAUUGAGAAACUCAAAGAUGAAUCGCCAAAUGACCGCAAUGACCGUGCCAUUCGCGUCGCCACAAAAUGGUAUGGAAAUCAUAUCCAGAACCUCAAACCCAAGGUCUCGGUCGUUAUGAUGACGGACGACGCGGCAAACAGGUCCAAGGCGAUUGCGGAUGGCCUCCAGGCUGUUUCAGUGAAGCGAUAUAUCGAGGCGCUGGAUAACACGGAGCUCCUAGAUAUGAUCUCAGACGCAAAGGAACUGGAUGACGGACAGCAGAUGAUCUACGCCGAACACCUAUCACCGACACAUUUGUCCGGCGGAAUCAAGAGUGGAAAAUAUUACCAAGGAAAGCUGGGUAUCAGCAGCCAUAACUACCUGGAGGGUACUAUUCUUAUCGUCGGGCGCGAAAAUCUGAACCGUGCUGUCGAUGGAGACAUCAUUGCAGUCGAACUUUUGCCCAAAUCCGAAUGGCGCACGACCCCAACAGGCGUUGUGAUUGACGAGGAAGAGGAAAAGGAAGAGGAGGAAAGCUUGAAGGCGGAGCAAACGGCCGCUGCUUCUAACGAGGACGCCACUAUGACGGACGCAUCUGUAUCAUCUGAUGGAACAAAGACGGACACGCCCCAGCCCUGUGGAAAGGUUGUUGGUGUCAUUCGUCGUAACUGGAGACAGUACUGUGGAUUCAUCGACCGCAAGUCCGUUCACACGCCUGCAGGAUCCAGCGCCCCCAUCAAUGUUUUGUUCUAUGCCAUGGAAACCAAGAUUCCCAAGAUCAAGAUUAGAACUCGCCAGGCUCACUCUCUUCUGGGACAACGCAUCAUUGUCUCGAUCGAUUCUUGGCCAAAGACAUCUCGCUACCCCAUCGGACAUUUCAUCCGUUCACUGGGUGACGCUGGCGACAAAUCGACAGAGACAGAGGUGUUGUUGUUGGAGCACGACGUUCCGUUCCAUGAAUUCUCAAAGCAAGUGCUUAGCCUGCUCCCAGUCGAAGGAGAGAACUGGGUUGUCAAACCAGAGCACUUUAACGGGCGCGAGGACUUCCGUUCGCUGAACGUUUGCAGUAUCGAUCCUCCAGGAUGCACGGAUAUCGAUGAUGCCCUUCACGUUUCGUCACUUCCCAACGGCAAUUAUGAGGUCGGCGUUCACAUUGCCGAUGUCACCCACUUUGUCAAACCUGGCAAUGUUAUGGAUCAGGAGGCGGCCAGCCGUGGAACGACUGUUUAUCUUGUGGACAAGAGAAUUGACAUGUUGCCCGGUCUUUUGGGCACGAAUUUGUGCUCACUGCGGUCGAAUGUCGAGCGUCUUUCGUUCUCCUGCAUUUGGGAGUUGAACGAGAAUGCCGAGAUCGUCAAUGUUCGGUUCACAAAGAGUGUCAUCGCUUCCAAGGCAUCGCUUACCUACGAGGAGGCCCAGAACCGGAUUGACGACGAGCGUAUGCAGGAUGAUAUUACCAAGGGCAUCAGGACUCUGAACCAACUGGCCAAAAAGCUGAAGCAGCGGCGUCUGGACAUGGGUGCCCUGACCCUGGCCAGUCCUGAAGUACGGUUUAACUUAGAGCGUGAUACCCAGGACCCGGUCGAUGUUGAGAUGAAGGAACUGAAGGAAACGAACGCAUUGGUGGAGGAGUUCAUGUUGUUGGCGAACAUCUCUGUGGCGCGCAAGAUCUACGAAAAGUUCCCAGACUCUGCUAUGCUGCGCUGCCAUCCAACGCCGCCCGCCACCAACUUUGAGAAGCUGGAGAAGGCUGUCGCUAGAAUGGGCAUCACUAUCGAUCACUCUACUUCGAAGACCCUGUCUGAGUCGUUGGACAACGCUGUGAUCCCAGAGGAGCCUUACUUCAACAAGUUGCUUCGCAUCAUGACGACACGAUGCAUGAUGCAGGCAUUGUACUUUUGUUCAGGAUCGCUGACGGUACCAGAAUUUAAGCAUUACGGUCUUGCCACGGAUAUUUACACGCACUUCACCUCCCCCAUCCGUCGUUAUUCCGACGUUAUGGUGCAUCGUCAAUUGCAUGCUGCCAUUGACCCCAGUAUUUCAUACGGAGGCGAGUUGACCGACAAGGAGGCCAUGAACGAACUGUGUGGAGUCCUGAAUCACCGAAACCGUAUGGCUCAGCAGGCGGCUCGCAGCUCCGUAGAGUUGUUCACGCACUUAUUCUUUAAGAACAAGGUCGAGGAAGAGGAGGGCUAUGUUAUUCGUAUUCUCAAGAACGCAUUCAUUGUCCUUGUGCCAAAGUAUGGUAUUGAGGGCAUUGUCUAUGCGAGCGCCAAGGUUCCCAAGAACGCAUCGACUGAAGGAGCCCCAGCGGCUCAGCCAAUUUUGGUCUAUAACACUGAGACAGAUUCCUUGCAAUCAACCGAACCCUUGGACGAGGGUCAGGCACCUAAGGUCCAAAUCCAACUGUUUCAGAAAGUCAUGGUACAGAUCUCGAUUGAUGACGAUUUGAAGGGAGGCGGCGAGGGAGGCAUGAGACAGAAGUUGAAGAUGGAUCUGCUAAAGCCUUGGAUCGAGGGUAUCAGCGUCCAUGGCAUCUGCAACAAGGACGAUCCUGAGGCGCACGCCGUCACAUCCACAGCAGACCCAACUGCACCUCUUCUGAACGGAGAUGCGCCACGGAAGCGCGAGGGGCACUCCAAGGGGAAGGAGGAGCAGAAGCGUGCAAGCAAGCGUUCUAGGGUGUAA